AUUUCAACACACCCCACAGCCGUCGGCAGCUUAAAGACUACAAUCUUGAUUCAAAAACUCAUACCAAAUAUACCUUGUUUCCAAGAAGAUUCAAAAAGAGCAAGAGAAAAGAUUCAAUCUUGAUUUUUUUCUUCUUCUUGUUAAUCAAAUCUUAAAGUUUUGAUUUUUAAUAUCUGGGGUUUGUGUAGAAGUUUGAUUGGAUUCUUGAUUUUGGGAUAAUAAGAGUAUGGGGUUUAAGAAAGAUGAAGCAAGUUCAUCUUCUCAUGUUUUGAGUAUCCCAAGAGAAGAUACACCACUUCUUGGCAAGAUUCAACAUCUUUCUUCUCCUUCCAAGACUUUUGCUAAUGUUUUCAUAGCCAUAGUUGGAGCUGGAGUUCUUGGUCUUCCUUACACCUUUAAGAGAACUGGAUGGGUUAUGGGUUCUAUCAUGCUCUUCUCAGUUGCCUUUCUUACCUACUACUGUAUGAUGCUUUUGGUCUAUUCAAGGCGUAAGAUUGAAUCCCACAUAAAAGCUGCAAAAAUUUCAUCUUUUGGUGAUUUGGGGUUUGCUGUGUGUGGACCUGUUGGUAGAUUGUCUGUUGAUCUUAUGAUUAUUCUAUCUCAAGCUGGUUUUUGCGUUAGCUACUUGAUUUUUGUGGCUAAUACUUUGGCAUAUUUGUUCAAUUAUUCAAUUGCAAAACCUGAUCCCAAAAUCUUGGGACUUUCACCCAAGGCAGCUUAUAUAUGGGGCUGUUUCCCAUUUCAGUUGGGAUUGAAUUCAAUACCUACUCUGACCCUUUUAGCCCCUUUAAGUAUUUUUGCUGAUAUUGCUGAAUUAGGAGCUAUGGGUGUGGUGAUGGUUGAGGAUGUGAUGAUUUACCUUCAGAACAGGCCUGUUCUUGAAAUGUUUGGUGGGUUCAAUGUGUUUUUCUAUGGACUUGGUGUGGCUGUGUAUGCUUUUGAAGGGAUUGGUAUGGUCUUACCUCUGGAAUCAGAGACAAGAGACAAGGACAAGUUUGGGAAAAUCUUGGGAUUGGCAAUGGGCUUCAUAUCAUUGCUGUUUGGUGCUUUUGGAGUAUUGGGCUACUUUGCAUUUGGGGAAGACACUAAAGAUAUAAUCACUACAAAUCUUGGGCAGGGAUUGCUCAGCACCUUUGUUCAACUUGGCCUUUGCAUAAACCUGUUUUUCUCUUUCCCCCUUAUGAUGAAUCCAGUCUAUGAAGUAAUGGAAAGGAGAUUCUGGGAAGGCAGGUACUGUGUGUGGUUGAGAUGGCUUGUGGUUUUAGCAGUGACUUUUGUUGCAUUGGCGGUGCCCAAUUUUGCUGAUUUCUUGUCACUUGUUGGGAGCAGUGUGUGCAUUGUUUUGGGAUUUGUGUUGCCUUCUUUGUUUCACUUAAUUGCGUUCAAAGAUGAAUUGAGAUGGUAUGGUUUUGCUUCUGAUGCUGCAUUGAUUGUCAUGGGCACAAUUUUUGCCGUCUAUGGAACCUCUUCUUCCCUGAUGGAGAUCUUUGCAAAAAAAGCUUAGUUUCUUUUCCUCAUAGCAUUUCAUAAGAUGUAUAUUGAAGAGAUUGUUUUUAUUCAUAAGCAAAGGGCAAGUAAGUCCACACUUUGUUCCUACUAGUAAUUCAUUUGUUAAGCUAUUAUUUUUGAGUAUGUUGAGGGGUGUGAGGGUCAUGUUCAUGUACGAUUGGAAUUUACUACAAGAAGUUAUAAUUACACAAAAAUGAUCUAUUUGGUUA